AUGGCACGAUUGCUAAUUUCGGAUAAACUGAAACGUCAUUUGAGAUCAAUAUACUCGGUCAUGCCAAAAGUAUGCAAACUGCCAAGGAGUGAUUACGGUAGUCCCGGCGUCUUUCAAUACUACUUUCAUCACCUCGAAGGAGUUGGCAAAUACCAGGAACUGAGAGGCGAAUUCUGCCAGGAUCUUCGUGAACUGGGAAAUAUCAUUCUGUUUUGCCAACAACUUGAAAUUGGCAUGGCGCAAGAGGAAGAUCUUCGUGAAUUGGGCAACAUCAUCUUAUUUUGUCAACAACUUGAAAUCGGCAUGGCGCAAGAAGAAGUUCAAGAUCUUCUUGCUGCAGCUGCCUUCACAAAUGUCAUACCAAAACCACCAGCGAAAAGUGUUGCCGAACAAGAGAAACAACUGGCUAAGCUUGAAGAGAAGUAUUCUAGGAUCCAGCUCACAAAUGUUGUAGAGAAAUUUGGUGAUGACAAG